CUGAGAUGAAUCAUAUCCUACCUCCUAGAACUAGCUAUAUCUUUUCCAAAAGGCCUGGCUAUAUGUGGAUCAUCGGCACUAUUGAAUUGGGUUUGACAGACAGUAGAAUCGAUGAAGCAGAGCUGACGCAUACCUACACACCGUCGAGCAAUUCGGAAAAUGUCUAGAGAAAAAAAAAACGAAACCUGCACUUAUAGAGACGAAUAGAUUGACUGGAAUCUGUAAUAAUGCAAAGAAAAAAAAAGAAAACGCACACACAGCAUAUACCAAACGAAA